AUGGCCAAACCAGAGACUGAACCUCAGGUGUCUUACGAGGGCCGACAACCAAUCAGUGAGAAAGGACAAGCCGUCAAAAAUCUGGUCGAAGCCGACCUGCUCGAUGACCGAUAUGCUACUACCAAACGCGGGCUGAAAAGUCGACAUGUUCAAUUGAUGGCCCUCGGUGGCACAAUCGGAACUGGACUCUUUGUCUCUUCCGGUCAAGCGCUGGCCAUUGGAGGCCCAGCUUCGCUUCUUUUGGGCUAUGUCUUCAUCUCGGCCAUGGUCUACGGUCUUGUCACAGCCAUCGCUGAAGUGGGUGCAUAUCUCCCCGUCCACGGCGGAACAAUGAGUUAUCAUGGCUUCCGUUAUGUGUCCCGAAGUCUCGGUUUCGCCAUGGGAUAUCUAUACUGGUAUUCCCUUGGAAUUCUAGUGCCCUACGAGAUCACAGCUGCCGGACUGGUCAUCGGAUACUGGGACCAAAAUGGAUCGGUCAACCUUGCCGUGUGGAUCACUAUCAUGAUGUUCAUUAUCAUCGCCCUCAACUUCAUGCCGGUGCGAGUGUAUGGCGAGGCUGAGUUCUGGUUCGCGGGUAUCAAGAUUAUCACUCUGGUAGGCCUGUUGAUGAUAUCAUUCAUCCUCUUCUGGGGCGGUGGACCCAAUCGCCAGCGACUAGGUUUCCAUUAUUGGAAGGACCCGCGCCCGUUCAAUGCUUAUCUCGCGGAAGGCAGCACAGGGAGGUUUGUGGGCUUGCUAAAGUGCACAGUAUCUAGCGCUAUUGCAUUCAUUUUUGCCCCAGAGCUGAUUGUGAUCAGUGGUGGUGAGAUGGAGUCACCUCGACGUAACGUGCCCCGUGCAGCUCGGAGAUACAUUUACCGAUUGGUCUUCUUUUACAUCUUCGGCGUACUGGCCAUUGGCGUUAUCUGUCCAUCUGAUGCCAGCCGUCUGACCAAGGGCGACGGCACAGUGAAUUCGUCCCCAUUCGUCAUUGGCAUCCAAAAUGCUGGUAUUCCCGUUCUGGAUCACAUCGUUAACGCCGCGGUCUUGACAUCCGCCUGGUCCGCGGGAAACUCGUUCCUAUACAUGUCCUCGAGGUCGCUCUACUCUUUGGCCAUGUCAGGCAAUGCGCCGAGUGUGUUCAAGGCCUGUAACCGAUGGGGUGUGCCAUACUGGGCUGUGUCAGCUUCAGCAUGCUUCUCAGCAUUGGCUUAUCUUGCCGUCAACAACUCCAGUUCGAUCGUGUUCAACUGGUUCGUCAAUUUCACCAAUACUUCGGGAUUCAUCUCAUGGAUAUGCUGUGGCAUUGUGUUCUUCCGGUUCCGCAAGGCCGUGGCAGCGCAAGGUAUUGAACAACCGUAUAAAUCCAAGCUGCAGCCAUACGGGGCUUACUUCGGUAUAGCGGGUGCCAUCCUCAUGAUGCUCAUCAACGGCUUCACGGUCUUCUUCCCAUCGCAGUGGUCGGUAAGUAACUUCUUCACUGCAUAUAUCGGUAUUCCUGCGUUCUUGAUUCUCUACUUCGGGCACCGAGUACUGUACUGGGGUGACGGAUGGGCAUGGCGUCCCGAAGAAGUGGACAUGCAAACUGGAUUGGAGGAGAUUAUUGCUGCUGAGCGACCGCCGAAACCGCGGGGGCCGUGGUGGAAGAUUUGGUAG